AACAGAACUGAGACAUCAGCUGAUUCCACCAAUUUGUGAACCAAUAAAUAAAAAAUUCAGAUGGAGGCAACAGGAAUAUUGAAGCUAAGGGUCAUCCUUGAUAAGGAUAACGCUGAAAAACUUAUUUUGCCAUCUCGUCCAAACAGUGUGCAAGCCCUCAUAGAUGAGAUCAAAUCUAGGCUAAAUUUUACCUUCGACUUUCGGCUUCAGUUUCAUGACCCAGAUUUUGAUAAUGCCUUGUGUAAUUUGGUUAAAAUAGAAGACCUGCCAGCUAUAGCAUCUGUUAAAGUUUAGUUGAGCUGGACCGGAUUUCAACGAGCACUGAUGACACAAUCCUUCAGACUGAUAGCACUGAUACCAUAGAUUCACCAGAGCGUAUUAGUAGAUGGCCAGAGGUUUUUAUUGUUCCGCCAUUUUCUUAUGAAGUGGAACAUGUAUUAAGAGAGGGUAAUGCAGCAUUUGAUAAAGAUGGGAAAGUAAUUACACUGACACGAGAUCAAAAACACAACAUACUUGAGACAAUGGGGGAAGAAAUCUACAAACUAAAAGCAUACCCUAGUACAACACAAAUUGGCAAGGCUGCAGAAGCUUUAGUUAGAAAACAUCCCUGUCUGAAAGAGAGGAAUUCUGACACUGGGUGGGAAGGGUGGAAGAAUAGACUGAGAUAUAAAAUGGGAAACCAAAGAAAGAAGUUGGCUAAAGCUGGCAUCAUGGAUGUUGCUGUGAAUGCUGGAAAGCGCAGCAGAACAAACCCAGAUGGAGCUUCACCAAGGGCCAAUAUUAAAAGACCUAGGAGAGGUGAGGUCAACUUCCUUCCUUCUUAUCCUUCUGGAGAAACAAGGGAGUCUCUGGAAACCAGAAGACUUGAGAUGGUAGAAGAGUUCAAGAAGACCUCAGCAGGAAGAGACAUCCCUCUCAUUCAUCAGGAUAUGAUGCGCACUUUUGCACUCCGGCGUGAAGAGAUUGUCACAACUUCUCCUCCUGUAUCAGAGCUCAAGGACAGAUGGCCAGCACUCUUUCAUGAGACACAGCUCUACUUUGAAUUUCAUCGGAUCACCAAUCAGAAUCUGCCACAUGUGUUUUAUGCUGCAAAAAGAGGAAAACUGGACGGGUCGGUGAAAGGAUGGAGCAGCUUUUGUUGGCAUAUGGAAAACAGGACAAAAACGACAUCUAUGCAACUAGAACAGCAGCUCUGGCUGGCCUACCAAUGUACCUCAAGGAGGAUUCUUCAGAGAUUUUCAAAACAUGCAAGGAUGAAAUUGAGUUCUAUGAAGCCACAAUUGCUCUGGUUGCUGAUGUCGAUGAAGAGGAGGUGCCUGGAGGAGUUCCUUUCUCACCACGCCAAGUGUUCAUAGUACUUGAAGAUCAGGUUGUUAUGACUCAUCACUCAUGGACUGAUGCACUGGUGUGUUUGUUUGGGCUAAUCUAUGCUCUGCAUCUGAGCUAUCCUGAGAAGUGUACUGGCUUUUUUGAGUUCAUUCAAAUAGUGUUGCUGAAGCUAGACGAUGAGAGAAAGCAACUAAAACCAAAAUUGCAGACACUAAAAAAUGAGCUUGUGUAGAUGAUGUUUGUUUUUCACUGUCAGUAUAUUCGUGCUUUUUCAGUUAUCUGUGAAUGGCUUCAAUAGUUUUAUUUGUUCAGGGUAAUUUGCUUUCUAAAAAGCAAUGUGGAGAAAGCUAAGAAUAAGGAGACAAUCCAUAUUUGACGUUUUGUUUGUGAUUGAAAAAAAUCUUCACAUAGUGUGUAAUCUUAAGCUUAUUUCCAAAAAUAUAUUUUAGUUACAUGGAAAUCUUUUGGGAGAUAACUGAUAAUUAGUCAAUAUGUACAGUAUACUUUCAAGCUUUAUUUUUUAAUUGUGUGAUGAGUGCCAGUUCACUUGAUUCGAGGUCUGGGCAAAACUGUUGAGAAGCCACAAAUACCUUUGAAUAUUCAAGCCAUGAAUAUUUUUUGUUAGUGACAUCCUUGA